AUCUUCGAUCACAGGGCUUUCUUCACUGGGAGCUUGAUUAUUCGUCAUGGAACCUCGAUCUGUGGUAGAGGAAGGCUUGAGCAUGCAGGAGAAGGUGCCCUUGAUGGCAGACGAAGAGGGCCAUGCCAUCAAAACAAAAUCCCGGUUCCAUUCGUCUGGCAUCAAGGCUGCCUUUAUGGCUGUGGGAAUCUUGUUGAUUUUGGGAGCGUUCAAUGUCCACGAUCUCAUCUCCUUGCGGCCAAUACGCUUGCCGGGGUGCUUCAAAGGGCAUCGCCAGACACACCCUCCAGCCGAUGCUGGGAUUUGUCUUACACCUGCAUGUGUCCACGCUUCGUCCGAGCUCCUUUACAAUCUGUCUCCGGACUACAAGAAUCUGGACGCAUGCACCGAUUUCGAAGAACUCGUCUGUGGCGGGUGGAGAGACCGUCAUGACCUCCGGCCUGAUCAGGGUGAUGCCUUUACUGGUACAAUCAUGUCAGAAGCCUCUCAAAUGUUACUACGUCAUAUUCUCGAAGCCCCUUAUCCAGAUUCCUCUGUGCCCACAGGUGUAUCACCACAAUUGGACACGCUCACGGCUUCCGUGGAUCAAGAGAACUUUGACAAGCUCAAAGCUGCGUACAACGCCUGCUUAGACGAGGACACCAUCAAAGGACGGGGAGUUGAGCCGUUGAUGGACAUGCUUAACCGGACCACAGCUCGAUUUUCAGAGCACUACCUUGACUCCAGCUCGUCCAAAGGGCAAACUGUGCUGUCGGAUACCAUCGUGCAGCUUGCUAAUUUGGGGAUCUCGGCUUUUGUGGCAGCCGGCACGGGUGCCGACGAUCGUGACCCAGACACCGUCAUCAUAUCGAUCUCUGCUCCAUACUCGAUCGGUCUACCGGCUAAGGAAUUAUACGAGGAUGAAAAGAUUGUCAAGAAGUAUGAAGAUGUUGUGUCUCAAGUCAUGUCGGCACUUUAUCAGCACUCCGACUCCAUUGGCCAGAGUGAUGCCCGAGCACUCGUCGACUUUGAGAAGAAGCUUGCCGCGGCAUCGCCAGAUGCAGAAGAUCGGGAUGAUGUUACUAAAUACUACAACCCCAUGUCAACAGCAAAAGCCGACAAGCUCGUUCCACAAAUUCGCCUCUCUAGCAUCCUAAAGAGCCUUGUCCCAGGGGACUAUGACAUCGACCGGGUCAUUGUCAUGGCCCCACAGUAUCUUCAGAAUCUGAGUAAGCUUCUGGACGCGACCUCGAAAGAAACACUGCAUGCCUAUGUCAGCUGGAAAGUGAUCCAAGCCUACGGAGAUUACAUCGAGGCCGACUCACUAACUCCCAUCAAACGCUUCGCGAACGAGCUGCAAGGAAAGGACCCUGAUUCUUCACCCGAGCGCUGGAGGACCUGUGUCAGACAUGUUGACGGGGGCGUCGGUUGGCUACUGAGCCGGUUCUUUGUCGAAAGGGCUUUUUCCGCCAAAGCAAAAGCUUUCGGCGACCAGAUCGUCUCGGACAUCAAGGAUCAAUUCGUGGAGAAACUAAAGGUCACCGACUGGAUGGAGAAGGAAGUCAUCGAGCUUGCUAUCAACAAAGUGCAUAACAUCGUUCAGAAAAUCGGAUACCCAGAUAAGAGCCCUAACAUCCUAGACCCAGAAGCGCUGCACGAUUACUAUAAGCCUGUAAAGGUCAACGCGUCGACCUUCUUUGAAAACGCCGUCUCCAUGACCCGUCUUGAGGUUGACCGCGAAUGGUCUGCAUUGGGCAAUCCUGUCGAUAGGGACCGAUGGGACAUGACGGUGCCCACAGUGAAUGCAUACUACAACCCACCUGGCAAUGAGAUCGUCUUUCCGGCCGGUAUAAUGCAAUUCCCCGUCUUCGACGUCGACGUGCCUCAAUACCUCAGUUACGGUGCCUUCGGGUCGGUCUCCGGCCACGAGCUCUCCCACGCCUUCGACUCCACCGGCCGCCACUACGACCAAAACGGCAACUACACAGACUGGUGGACGGACAAGACGGUCGCCAAUUUCAAGCAGCGCGCCGAUUGCUUCGUCGACCAGUACCACAACUUCACCAUCGACGGCAGGGACGGCAAACCGCUGCACGUGAACGGCAAAUUGACGCUUGGCGAAAACAUCGCGGACGCGGGCGGUCUUGCUGCGGCGUUUGCCGCGUGGAAGAAACGUGCCGCGGAAGCGCCGAAUCUGAAUCUGGACCUACCGGGCCUCGACUUUUUCACGCAAGAGCAGCUGUUCUUCGUGUCGUAUGCCAAUUGGUGGUGCGGGAAGACCAGACCCGAGACGGCCAUUCAAAGGAUCUAUACCGAUCCGCAUGCGCCCAAGUGGGCGAGGAUCUUGGGGACCAUGGCGAAUUCCAGAGAUUUCAAAGAGAGCUUCCAUUGCGAAGAAAAGAAGCCGGUUUGUGAGUUGUGGUGAUCUGCCAAAGGCACGGAUCGGGGAAAUGAGGCUCACAGCAAUAUAUGUGCGCGGAUUUGCUUGGGCCUUUUUCUUGGUCAUUGGGUUGGUGACUCACAAAAAUACCGAUAUGUGCAUAACACGGGCAUGAGUGACAGAAAAGGCUUUGAUGUUCGGGGGGCAUUUGUAAAAGUACGGAAAGUAAUACUCGUAGUCCAGGAGAGUCUGAUCGUGGAGCUUUUGAUUAAUCGGUUUCAAGAGUGUUGUUUACAUACGUCCAAUAUCCACUCGAUCUAGAGGGGCCUUGGUCACAUUGAUUCGUUCAAGGAGCACCAACAUCCCAAAGUACCAUAUAGUAGCAAAAACCCUU